AUGGCUGCUCGCUGUGCUCGGCUUAUGCAGCACCUCCGGUGCGCGAGCACUGGAGCUGAUGUGCUGCCGGAAGUGUACUUCGGCACCAUGACCUUUGGCUGGUCCCAGGCUAGCAGCAGAGUGGACGAUGCGGUGUCCUUCGACAUGCUGAAGAGGUUUCUUGACCUUGGCGGCACACAGGUUGAUACAGCAAGGAUCUAUUCUGGAGGCGAGACGGAACAAAUCCUGGGACGAGUGCUACAGAGGAAAGAGCUGCUUGGAAAGCCAAUGAUCCUAGGAACCAAAGUGCACCCUUCGCAACCUAGCGGACUAUCAGACACUGGAAUCAGGAAGCAACUGGAAGCAUCUUUGACUGCUUUGAACGUCUCAAGCGUGGAUGUAUUGUACCUGCACCAGCCGGAUCCAGAGCAUGACUUGUUGGAGUCAUUGAGUUGCGUGCAGCAAUUGAUGAAAGAAGGACUGGUUCGAAAGUACGGCAUGAGCAAUUACAGCGCACUGGAGGUGGAUCGCUGCUGCUCGGUUUGCAGGGAGCGAGGAUGGGCGACGCCUUCGUUCUACCAAGGCCUGUACAACCCCUUGAACCGGCUGGUGGAAGAGGAGUUGUUGCCGGUCCUCCGAAAGUACGAUGUGUCCUUUGUGGCAUACAACCCCCUGGCAGCUGGCCUUCUGACUGGCAAGCACGCGAAGACCACGGAGGUGCUGCCAGGGCGAUUCAAGGACAAUCCCAACUACCUGCCGCGGUUUUACACGGAGCCGAACUUCGAUGCACUCGCGAAGAUUCGGGCAGCCUGCGAAGCGGCAAGUCUCUCACCAGUGGAGGCUACAUAUUCCUGGCUCUUGCGCCAUUCAGUGCUAAGUGCCGAGAGAGGCGACGGCAUUUUGCUGGGAGCCUCUUCCACUGCACAGCUCGAGCAAAACCUGGGCGCCUGUCAACAGCCCGUGACUCUGACGGCUCCAGUUCUGGCAGCAUUUGAUGGUGCCUGGCCGAGUGUCCGGGCCAGUGGCGAGGUCUUUCCCUACUGGCGCUCCUACUCUCGAGAUCAGCCAGGCAGAGACUCCUUGCCACCGGGAGCUUCUUAUUCAGCCGCGAAGAAGUAG